AGUGGUUUCACUAUAGAAUGAGACUACUCCAUAACCCAUGUUUUGGUUUUAUUCAUUGAUUAGGACAAAUCAGGAGAUUAAAAUUAAAAUUCAUUGUACUAGUCAAACACUGAAUCCAAGGUAGUAUUGAAGGAAAAUUGACUGCAAGGAUUUUCUGGUUAAAUUUCAUUUUCCUCUCUAUUUCCCUUAUGAAUUAUUUAUUUUCUUCUCUCCCUUUUUUCUAGCUGAUGGUCUUUCUCUUUCUAACUCUAUUAUUUCUCCAAAUAAUGGAAUUUGAAUGUGAUGCUUUUCAUUGAUAUGUUUCUCCAAACUGAACCUUAAAAUUUUGCAUGGAAUGGAAGAAGCAGAUGAAGGAAGUUUUGGUGGCUCUACAAGAACCUCGUGUGUUUCAUUUCAUAUUUUUUGUUCAGUAGUUUCGUCAUUUUAUCUCAAAAAAAUAAUGUCCAUGUAUGACCAUGAAGUCCAAGGGGCAACGACUUUGAAUCCUUUGCAAGCUUUUAGAACUGUCAAAUUCACAGAUUUCGUGAUGAAUUGGACACAAAUAAGUUAAUGGAAAACAAAGAGAGUCACUUGUCAAUGCUGGCUUAUGAGAUGAGUGGCAAACAGAAGUUUGAGAAGGAUGCAAUAGGGAGGUCCUUAGAUGGAAGAGAACUUUCCAGGGUCUUUUCUGAGGAUUAUGAUGCCGCACAAAUGUUGAUAUUGGAUCCUAGGGGAACUAGAGUAAAUAAAUGGAACAAAAUAUUCUUAGCAGCUUGUUUGAUUUCACUAUUUGUGGAUCCCUUAUUCUUUUACUUACCAGUGGCUAAGAAAGACAAGUGCAUUGAUAUGUCAACUGGUCUUGAAGUGUCCCUUACCAUAAUUCGGUCACUGGUUGAUGCAUUUUACAUUAUUCAGAUUUAUUUUCGGUUUCAAACCGCUUAUAUUGCUCCUUCCUCUCGUGUUUCUGGUAGAGGAGAGCUUAUUAUAGACUCUUCUAAGAUUGCAUCAAAGUACCUGCAGAAAGACUUCUGGCUUGAUCUUGUGGCUGCUCAACCACUUCCACAGGUAUUGAUUUGGGCUGUAAUCCCAAAUCUAAAGGGGUCUCAAAUGAUUGCUUCAAGGCAUGUUUUGCGCCUUGUUACCAUUUUCCAGUACCUCUUGAGGUUGUAUCUUAUUUAUCCCUUAUCAUCUGAAAUCAUUAAGGCAAAUGGGGUAAUGAUGGAGAAAGCAUGGGCUGGGGCAGCAUAUAAUCUGACGCUCUAUAUGUUGGCUAGUCAUGUUUUAGGUUCCUCUUGGUAUCUUUUAUCAAUUGAAAGGCAGAAUGAAUGUUGGAAGAAAGCUUGUACAUUGCAGUACCCAUACUGCCAGUAUCAUUAUCUUGAGUGUCAAAGCAUAGGUGACCCAAAUAGAAUUGCUUGGUUAAGAUCAAGUAAUCUAUCAGACCUAUGUGAUCAGAACAGUGAUUUCUUUCAUUUUGGCAUUUUUGCGGAUGCUCUAACUUUGGAAAUUACGGGCUCCAAAUUCUUCAACAAAUACUGUUACUGUCUUUGGUGGGGACUAAGGAAUCUAAGCUCUGUAGGACAGAAUCUCUUAACAAGCACACGGGUUGCAGAGAUAAAUUUUGCUGUGAUUGUUGCAAUUCUUGGAUUGGUGCUCUUUGCAUUGCUUAUAGGAAAUAUGCAAACCUACCUGCAAUCCACCACUACACGGCUAGAAGAAUGGAGAAUAAGAAGGACAGAUACGGAAAGAUGGAUGCAUCACAGGCAGCUCCCUCAUUACCUAAAGCAAAAUGUGCGCCGUCACGACCAAUUCAGAUGGGUUGCCACUCGAGGAGUUGAUGAGGAAACUAUUCUCCGAGACCUUCCUGUGGACCUCAGACGCGACAUCAAACGCCACCUUUGCCUUAAUCUAGUCCGACAAGUACCACUAUUUGAUCAAAUGGAUGAGAGGAUGCUAGAUGCAAUAUGUGAGAGGCUGAAGCCUUCUCUUUUCACUCCAGGAACUUGUGUAGUUCGUGAAGGUGACCUUGUGAAUGAGAUGCUCUUCAUUGUUCGAGGACGCCUAGAUUCUUGCACCACCAAUGGUGGCAGAACAGGUUUCUUCAACACCUGCAGAAUUGGCUCUGGUGACUUCUGUGGAGAAGAGCUAUUGCCAUGGGCCUUGGACCCUCGUCCAACCGUCGUCCUUCCUUCUUCGACUCGAACCGUGAAAGCCAUCACUGAAGUGGAGGCUUUUGCACUCAUUGCUGAGGACUUGAAGUUUGUGGCAGCCCAAUUCCGCAGGUUGCAUAGCAAGCAACUGAGGCACACAUUUAGGUUCCACUCUCAUCAGUGGAGGACUUGGGCUGCAUGCUUUAUACAAGCAGCGUGGUUUAGGUAUAAGAGAAUGAAAGAGACUAGUGAUCUUAAGAAAAAGGAGAAUGUGAUGAUGUCCUAUGUGCCUGGAACUGGCACUGAACAUUUCUCUGCACCACUGCAGCCCCUAAUGAGUUCAAGUUUAAGAAUUUGUGCUGCUAAACUAACAGCCAGCCCAAGGAAAGGUAGGAGCUUAAGAUAUGGUGCUGAACUUGACAUUCUUGGUUCAUUGAGGAAGCCCCUUGAACCUGAUUUUACUGAUGAUGAUAGUUGAAAGCAUUGGAGGACUAGGACUGCUAAUCAUUGUGUAUUUUAGGACUAUGAAAGGAGUAUGUGAUGCUUAUUAAUUAUAGAAUAUAGUGAACUAUGUAACUAUGAAGGACUCCUCACCUUUUAGACCAG